AUGGAGACUCCGGCGAUGCCCAUGCCGAAAGAUGAGCGGGAACAAGCCAUUCUCGACAAGCUCUCAGCCAUCCGCGAUCAGCUGCUGCUCCUCAAGAGAGACCGAACAAAAUACAUCCGCACUCAGGAUGUGAUUGUACACUAUGAUCAGGUUGUCGAGCAGGUCAAGGAACUCAACGAGAUUAGGAAAGGGGAAAAGGUGACCGAGACCAGAGUCGACAGAGUCCUUGAGAGCUGCCUACAGCUCCUCUCCCUCUUCUUCAUGACCAUCGGCCGCACACAAGAAGCCCCUGCCGCCUAUGCUUUGACCUCGACCAUCAAGCGAUUACUCGACCACCUGACCGAGGCCGACCUCUACUCAGCCAAAGACCUGAACAGCAUAGCCCACACCCUCUCGCAGCUCGACAAGAUCAUGACAGCCUCGGACCCCUCCGCCCACUCGCCCUACAUUGUCGAGCUUUUGGCCAACCGGCUGGAGCUCUGCCACAGCUCGCUGGAUAACCUGAAGAAGAGGGUGGACGAGCUGCAGGACCCGCUACAGAGCAUGCAUGAGAGGCUGAUCUCCAUACUACGGUCCAUGUCACUUGCGAACACCAAGGCCAAGUUUUCAGCAUCCGAGGUCCAGAGGCUACAAGCGCAGGUCAAGGAGAUUGACGAGUCGAGGGUGGAUGGCAACUUUGUCGGGCCAGACGGCCAGGUUCUUCGCGGUAGCGAGAGGGUAUCGCGCCUGGUGGAUGUCUGCCUCAGGUGGUCUGACAUCGUUCUUGAGAGGAAAGGAGUUAUCCCCGAGGCCUUCAAGGCUAGGCACGAGCAGCUUGUCAGCAUCCGCAAUGAGCUCGAGAAGCUGUCCAUCACCCAGGCCUGGUCACUGCGCGAGACGGAUCUGUACGACUACCAGCGCAAGCUCGACAAGAUAGAUGAGAGCCGAGUGGAUGGCAACUGGCUGGACGACGAAGGAAAACCCGCCGAGCUGUACGUCCAGCGUACGCUGCUGUACCUCAUCAGGAGGAGCUAUGGCUACAUUUACUACCUGAUGAUCUCGUCGGAGCCGGUAUCGGAGGCCCUACUGCCCAUCUAUAACCAGCUCCAGACGCUGAAGCGGUGCCUGAUCGAGGUGAAGGACUCGGGCGGUGUCAGCUCGGUCAGGGAGCUGUAUCCCUACAGCAUGAAGCUCAACUCCAUUGACAACAUGCGCGUCGAUGGCAAGUUCAUGGUCGGCGGCGAUAUACCCGAGGGCCAAGGGAGCGUCAGCGCCUUGCUGGCUGAGUGCUACGAUCUUUCCUACGAGUUGAAGGUCAUGGCUGAAGAGAUGGAGGAGAAGGAGAAGGAUAGCUCCUCGUAA